AUGUGUGACAUGUUUCACGUCCGUACCGUGGCUUUUAUAAAAUUUACGCGUAUUCUUCCGAUAUUGUACUUUCACUUUGUUGUGCACAGUCGUUGGUAUAUAUUAACUAAAUGUGUGGUGUGAGAGCUCUACGUAAUCUUGUAGUUCUUUUAAUUAAUACUGGAUGCAAUGCGUACAAAUGUUAAUAGUACGGAAAUGGCUUAUAAACAAUAUUGUGUUGUGUUUAUAAUUUUUGCUCUAGCGAUAGUUCAGGCCGUGGGUUACGACACGGAGUUGUAUCAAGCGAAACCUUGCGAUAGCAAUGUAUGCUUCGAAGCGCUUCACGGAGCCCUAGGCGACUGUUCUUGCAAUAUAGACACGAUUGAUUAUUUCAACAACGUUAAGAUCUUUCCACGCAUCCAGAGUCUAGUGAGUAAAGAUUAUUUCCGCUUCUAUAAAGUCAACUUGAAGAAGGAUUGUCCAUUUUGGGCGGACGACAGUAGAUGUGCUAUGAAAUAUUGUCAUAUAAAAAAAUGUUCUAAAGAAAGCGUACCUGGAUACGCGAAUGGCUAUGAUAACGAUCAUAUUGACGAGACUCCAGCGAUGAAGUACACAAAAGAAGCUCAGUCUGACUGUAGCUCUGAUACUGACCAUGAUCCUGAUUUGAGUUAUCUCAAUAUGACAAUUAGUGCGGCCAGUCAAUACGAAAUUGCUAAGUGGAAAGCCUAUGAUGAUGCUCUUGAAAAUUUUUGUGAAAGUGAUGACAGAAAUGCUUAUGCUGAAUAUGUGGACUUAUCUUUGAACCCGGAACGAUACACUGGAUACAAAGGAUCAUCUGCACAUAGAAUAUGGAGAAGCAUAUACCAGGAAAACUGUUUCCGUCCUAAAUUGAAUCCUUAUGAGUCAUUCCCAUAUGUUUUAAGUUCAGAUUUGAGUAACAUGUGUUUAGAAAAGAGAGUUUUCUAUAGAGCUGUAUCAGGGUUGCAUACUAGUAUAAAUAUCCAUUUAUGUUCCAAGUAUUUACUAUCAGAAAAGGCUGGCUUUGCUGCCCCACCUGAUGGAGAGUGGGGACCGAAUUUGGAGGAAUUUCAGCGUCGUUUUGACCCCUCACAGACAUUUGGUGAAGGCCCAAAUUGGCUUAAAAACCUUUAUUUUGUGUAUUUGUUAGAAAUGAGAGCUCUGGCAAAAGCUGGACCAUACUUAGAGAGGGAAGAGUACUUCACUGGUAAUCCCAUUGAAGAUGAAGAGACCCGGCAUGCAAUUCGUAAUAUGCUUGGAGUUAUAUACACAUUCCCAGAUCAUUUCAAUGAGUCAUUAAUGUUCAAUGGUGGAAGUCAAGCAGCCACACUAAAAAAUGAAUUUCGUGAACACUUCUUGAAUAUUUCACGAAUUAUGGACUGUGUUGGGUGUGACAAAUGUAAACUAUGGGGCAAGCUGCAAACUCAAGGCCUAGGGACAGCUCUCAAGAUCUUAUUCUCAGGUAGAUGGGAUAGCCCCAGUGGUGAUCCAGAGCAGGGCAAGUUGCCAUUAAGACACAAGUCACAACGAUUACAAAGAACUGAGAUAGUUGCAUUGUUUAAUGCAUUUGCCAGACUAUCAAAUAGUAUAAGAGAAUUGGAAAACUUCAGGAUAUUGCUCAGUGCAAACAAAGAGCCAGAGCCGAAGCACAAUAUAUUUGGUGGAAAGGAUAUCCAGAACCCUAAUAAAAUGGGUAACCCCAAGAAAGAGCAAUGUACGUCUGGCGGAUCCCAACCAAGAUUAGGAAGUUAAAUGUGGACAUAAUUAUUUAAUGGUGUUGGCGUAAAUUGGAUAUAAUCUACGCUAUAUAGAAGAAUAUAAGAUAUACAGGGUGAUUUUAUAUUUGAAAUAUUUAAAAAAACUUAUCACAAUUUGUUCAACGUUGUCAAGAUAGCAAUGAAGCUGAAGGCGUGUACGUGGUGUGAAGUUUGACACAGUCAUAAUAUACCACUCAAUUUCGCCGCAUAUAUCUGAUGUCAUGAGCACAUAGUGAAGAAGAAGAGCACAUCAUGAAGUUUUACAAGAUCUCAAACAUGUACCUACCAUUUACGCCAACGUUAGAAAUCAUCACAAGACUUAAUAUUUAUUGAAAUCCAGUGAGUGUUGAUUUAAUUUAUUAUAUAGUGCAAGGUAAAACUGAAUAUUAUCGUAGAGAGUAUUUAGCGUCAUUAUCACUGAUAACAUUUAAUUUAUGUUCAUAAUGUAGUAAUACCUAAUUUAAUAUGCUUACUUAUUUAGUAUCAUUGUUAAAUCUGAAGUUCUAAUAAACUAAACAUUACCUAACUAGUCAAAGUGUAUGUAUAUAUUGUUAUUAAUGAAAAGAUUAGAUUUUCUAUCAAUUUAUUGUCUAAUUUUUAGACAUGUAUGAUUGUUAUCUACGAUAAUGCAAUUUUUAAUUCCUAAAAUUCAUUACAAAUCUUAAAGUAGAGGUAACGAAAUAAAUAACUAACUUUUUAAUAAAACGGAUUCAAUAAAUAAACUUAUUAAACGGGUUAAUCGAAAGACAGCUCCCUUUUACAAUCAUGGCGGCAUUAUACUUAUAUUAAUUUAUUAAUAACAUAAGGGAUACAUUUUUAUUUUUUUAUUACUGUACAGAAAAUGUCACAGACAGGUAAAAUUAUUCUGCUGUCGAUCAAUUUUGAUUUAUAAAUAUUAAUGUUAAAGGUAAACUAUAAAAUAACAAUAGCCGGCUAAAAUGAUAAGAUCUCGAGGUGAAAUGUUUGUCAUUGUUCGAAAAUCAAUAGUGUUAUCUCUUUCACUGCACGACGAGCCCGCAUUUAUGUAUUUACUGUUUAGUUAUUACCUUUUAUUUUGUUGAAGGUAAAUUGUAUAUAAUUGUACGCUACCGGUAGAGUUCAGCGUUUCAAUAAAUGUUACAUAGUGGAAUUAAUUGUUGUUACAAUGUUACAAUUGUUCAAUGCGACGCGGCGACGCUUUGUUUGAUAUUAAGGAUGGAUAUGUCUCAUUUAUAUUGUUACCCGGGUCUUUACACUAAUAGUUAUUGUAAAUAAAGGUACUUGAGCUAAAUAAUUUUAAUUACAAGAGAUUUUCGAGUGAGCACGACGCUUCGACUAGGUUGCACUGGCCGUGGUCACGAGGCGACUGGAGUAACAGCAAUGUUAAUUUGGUAGGUGCUAACGGUUUUUCUACCCGUACCGUCACUAGAUUGUCGAACGAUAGUGAUUACUUAUUUAUGUUAAAAUCCGGUAUACAAUAUAAAUAAUGUAUAUUAAGCGAAAGUUUAAAUACUACUAUUGAUACGUAUCUUUUCUUUGAAAUUUAUUAAGAGCUAUUCAGCCGUUUAGUUGUGAAACACUAGUAACAGACAGACAGUUUUAUAAUAGUGGUAUGGAUUGCAAUUUGUGCCUAACAAUUGGAACAGCUUACCAUCAUUGGACAUAGAACAAUGUAACUGGUUGUGUAACAUAUGAACAAACGAACCGCUUAUUGUACGCUAUUGUGAAAAAAUAAAUAUGUUGCGUCAAUGCGUUUUUUAUACACGAUGUCGUGUAAGGAGUCUUUACAUUUCACCUCUUUGUUUUAUCAUUUUUUUUACUUGCAUUAUUUAAAAUUGAAAAACAAAAAUUUAAUACGCUAUAGUUAUCAUAAUUUACUUAUAAAACAUAGCGAUAAUUGCUCUAUGUGUCUCUAACUCACUGUGAUUCUAUUUAUAGUACGUUAUUUAAAUUAUAUUUUUUACAAUCAAUAAAUCAGUUUCGAAUUGGGUAUAUUGUAUUCGAUAUUUAAAAUUGAACAUACAGUCAAAUAAUACUUUUUUUCUUCUUUUAGCUCCAAAUAUUACUUAAAAUAAUUUUAAAUUCUUGUCUGCCAGUAUGAUAAAUUGAAAACUGUAACAAUUUAAAAUUCAACCUCUAUUGUGAAUUGUUCAAGUUUGUCAACUUGUCAAUAUUUGGUUUUACCUUGCGCUAGUAGCAUAGGUUCCUAAGUGUAAAAUUCGUCUUAAAGGUACUUCAUUUAAGAAUCUAAUGGCAUAGCUAUAAUUAGAUUACAGAUAUGACUUUUAUCACUUAUUGUAUUCGAGACGGUAACAGCUCCUUUUUUAUGCCUUUUAAGUUUUAGAUAAUACUUUUUUUUUGUGUAUUUUACACCGAGGACAUGUAAAUACUUAGCGGGAGAGAUUAUUUGGUAUUUUUUUAUAUAAAUUAUUAAUAGCCGUGUGAGGUUGAUAUGAGAACGGAUAAGGACGAAACAAGAGGAUAUGAAUUGAAUAAGCAUCUUAGAUUGUAUAAUGUCUAGGUCUGGAAAAACGCCCUAAAAACGGCCAACUAUUCGUCAAUUUAGCUGACGCGUUAUUUUUAAACAUUGUGCUAUUAUACUCAUUAUCGUGUGUAAUACAUGUAGCUCUAAGUAUAGAGCUAGUUCAAGGUGAGAUAGACGUAAUGUAUGUCCUAGUUAUAUAAUUAAAUAAAUAAUAACACGUUGUCUAGAAAUUAUAUAAUCGAAGAACAUUGAAGGAAAGACAUUGUGAGUUUUAGUUAAACUGUAAAAUCUAUUUAAAAAUAUCUGGAUAUGAUAAUUGAAAUAAUUGUAUGAUUACCACCUUAUCAAUUUGUACAAAAUACAAUUUUAAUGCUGUAUUAUUUAUUAAAGGAAAAUACGUUCUGUAUAUUUUGAUUAAUACCUUGCAUAUAUGCAAUUUUAGUAUUAAUCGAUUCGCUGCAUACAAAACUAGAUUUUAACGUUUGGUUUAUACGAUUUUUUUGUAUUUAUUCAACUGUUGAGGAAAUCAGCUAGGUUUCUUAGCUGUUUCUUAACAGUUCUUAUUCAAAAUAUUGUGCAAUAACUCUUGCCUGAAUUGUACAGAGACAAAAUUAUUUAUUAUUAAUUUAUGUUUUUAUUUUUAUAAGUUUUAUAAUAUAUUAUAGUUUUUUCAUACACAAUACGUUUUUAUUGUCGGUCGUUUAUUUUUAGUUUCAAGGUGAUUGCUAUUGUCAAGAGCUUACAUUUGAACUGAAUGUAUCUGGAAUCGAUCCAAGAAAACUCAUUUGAAUCUUAUUAAAACUAGUUUAAAGUGGAAAUUGGCAACUUGAGAUGAUUUGAGGACGGUCAGACUGUAUCAGGGGUUAUUACAAUAUCAUA